AUGCUCGCACAGAUCUUACAUGAUCUCUACAUACCGCGAGAUAUCCUGGAUGAACUGCCAGACGAUCAAAAACAGUUGCUCUUUUGUAAGAUGCGCGAAGAACAAGUACGACGAUACCAUGAACGAGAAGAAAACGAAGCAAGGAUAAUCAAUGACAAGGCAACGAAAAAGAAAAAACAAGUCACAUUCCGAUUAGGCGCUGACGGAAAUGAGUGCUGCUGGGUGAUGGGCGAAUCCACCGAAGAUGAUGGCAGGAUUAACAAUGAAAAUCUCGAUAGUGACGGUCAAAAUUCGUACCAACCAUUGAGAAAUGAUAAUAAUAAUAAUAACAACAAUAACAACAGCUCGAAUAAAAGUGAUGUUUACUUUACCGUACAUCGUGAUGAACGCAAGCAAAUCGAAGAAAUUUCCAAUAAUAUCCAAGAAGCACGUCGCCUCUUCGAACGACUUGAACUAGAUACUCAACGAUUGGCAAUCAGUAAAGAAAGCGAAUUUCUGCAAAAACAACGUUCUCAACCAUCUCCACUCCAUAUCACUCAAUCGGAUUUUGUGGAUGAACUAUUCUAUCAUGAAAUCGAACAGCGUGCUAAAAAGGCCGACCAAGAUCGACGUGAAGCUGCACAACGUGCACGAGAUUAUAUUCACCGACAAUCAUCACAGUCCAACGUCUGUUUCGAUGCAAAUGAUCAUAUUACGUUUACACUUCAGCCUAUCGUUUUAACAUCUGCCAAUCGGUCAGUGCCAAUCGAGAAAAAGAUCGAAAUUGAACAUGAUGAUAGUGAUACUCCAGCAUUUCCUAUACUUCCUUCAAACGACGUGAAACCCGCCGAAAUGAAACACGAAUUACAAGGAACAACGUUUCCGACGGAAAAAUCACGAUCUAAGCCGCUAACAGCAAUAACCCGUGCAGAUAUCCGGCAAUGGUUUUGCACUAAUGAAAUACCUUACGGUGCAUUUCGUUCAACAAAUGGAGAAAUCUAUCCAUGGUUUCAUGGCAUUAUUCCACGAUCUCAUACGGAACAGCUUCUCUUUUCGAAACCAAUUGGCACUUAUUUGAUUCGUGUUAGUGAAAAAAUGUUUGGUUAUGUUCUCUCGUACCAUGCGUCCGAUCAUUGUCGUCAUUUAUUGAUCGAAGUAACUCCAGGAAAACAUACUUACCGAUUUUUAGGUGGGGCGAAAAAAGAACUAUUUGAAAAUCUUAGUCAACUGAUCGAUAAAUACACUCAUUCACCGAUCCGUUCCAAUUCCAGCGAUGUUCUUCGUUAUCCAUGUGGUCAACCGGACCCAGAACAUGCCGAUUAUGCUGAUUUAUUUGCUGAAAAUCUUGAAAAUGAUAAAUUAUAUGAAUCUAUGUAUAUAUCACUCGAUACAACGACAUCAUCGCUACAGUCGACAACUCAUUUGUAG